CUUUGUAGAUUUUGAUUACUUGGUGCCUCAGGGCAGGAUUUGGGGCACUCAUAUUCCGUUUUCAGUAGGCUCAGGCUCAAUUGCGACGACUGUGUCGAGUGGAAUUGGAGAAUGGUGUUUUGAAAGUUCAUGCUGACGAGAGAUGACGUUAAUUCUCCCGCCCCACUUCCUGGCAGCGGUAAACAGGAACAUCGUGACUUCGCGAGGCCUCGGCCUACCAGACGAGCCAUCUUUCAAGCCUUGAAGCAUUUCUUGAAUGGAAUUGGAAGUUGAUACCCCCUGAAUUUAGUUCCCCAUCGAGUCUAUAUGCCAAUUGAUUUUCGAAGUCUUUGAUACAACCAUGAAGUCUCUCCUGCAGCUCCGAGCCAUACCGCCAGUCCUUGCCUCACCCCUCCCCCGCCAACCUGUCCCCCUUUAUAUCAAUGGUUUAUCUAGCGCUCAGAACUCUUUAAAUAUAUUAAGGCCUUUGACCACGUCCUCACCAAAUCGUUCUUCCGCUCCCUCCCCAGCCGAAUCCCAGGCGUUGACCGCUCACCAUCCGCGAUGGCUCUCCGCGCUCAAGGAACGGAUAGGAACGUGCAUCUGCUUCGGCAUGAACACGGCGCAGGUAGGCGAGGCAUCCGAGAUACUAAAAGAGCUGAGUCGGGAUUGGCGGGAACUGGUGGCUGGGAGUGAAGGGUAUUUGACGGCGGAGGAUCGGAGAGGGCUGUGGAGGCAUCGGGUGGUGUGGGGAGAGAUGGUAUGUUGAGAUUCCGAUUGAUGGAGUUGGUUCAAGCCGUGUUAAUGUUUGAUUAGGACAGUAUGGCCAUGUGAACAACGUGAUGUAUACCAGGUAUGCCGAAUCCGCCCGAAUAGAAUGGGCGCAGAAGAUCGCAA